UCUAUCAUGUAGCAUAGUGACUAUUUACCUGCAAUACAUCUGACCACCUAUGUUGCUACGUGCUGCUGUUGCUUCAGCCUCAGACUCUGAGUACUCGCACAUACUGCCUGGUCGCACCUGCUGUACAAGCCUCAUUCCACAGUGCACCACAGCACACCACGGUACGCACAUCUGUAGCCAUGCUAGGGUGGGACAAUAGCAAUAGUAUCAAGGACAUAUGGCCCACUGUAGCACUUGCAAUCAGCCGUGCUCAGUCGCGUAAGGAGCCUUAUCAAAACCCUGGGCGUUAGUAAAGGAAAGGGUCAGUGCGGACUGGGCAGAAGCGACGACAAGAUCAGCCAAGCAUCUUUGGGGGAAGAUUUACUCCUUCUAUUUUCCUCCUCAUACUGAAGAGCAGUUGCAUGUAUUUGUAGACACUCCGUCAUGACCACAUACUGUGAAGCGCGUCCGGACCUUCCCGACACACCUUCUCCUCCUGUGAUCGCACGCAGUCGGACGAAGCAGUUUAAAAGGACGCGCAGCACUGGUCCUGCGGAUCACCGGGGUGUCCUGCUGUUCGGUAUGGCACAGACACCCUCUCCAUAUCCUUUCCGUGCCGCAGCGGACAGUCCUUGGGUGCUGUCCUCGCCCUGUACACCGACCAACAGUCCACCGCUGCAAACCUUUCCAGCGGCUGCCAUCGUUGUGGAUCGCAUGAUGCCACGCGAAGAGAAGCUCGUGGAGUUGGUAGCCGUUCCUGAGCCACCUUUGUAUUCGCUCAAGAAUGGCCACCAUCACCAUCACCACCAUCACCACCCUCUGCAGCAGGUACAGCAGGUGCAGCCCGCCGCAGUUCAGGCAGUCCCGCACAUGACCAUCACGCAGCCCAGCGCCUGCAUCUCCUUUCCCGCACAGUCCACCUUGCCCGGUGGCAUCAGCAGUCCUGUCGUCACGCACCAAAUGCCACCGGGCUGCACUGCCGCUACCCCAGCCGGACUCCACCCAGCAGGCACACCGGCCUAUCAGCUCGGCUCGCCAAUACAACAGCCCUUGGCGCUGACCACCCUGACCAUAACGCAGCCGCCGUUCAUUCGUUCUGGCCAGCCUGUGCAGAGUACCAUUACGCUGGGCAGCAACGGCCAUCAUCUCUCCGUGUCGCCGUCAUCCAAUGGCCACCAUCCGCCGCCACCCCUCCAACAUCAGCACCGUUCAUCUAGCAACAGCAGGGCGGCAGAGAGUGCACCGGCCUCCUCGACCACGCCUAACUCUACCCACCAACACAGCAGCCAUAGCAACCAACAAACCAACUUGGUGGACGUCUGCAGUGUCAGUGACACGGAGGAUUCGCAGCGCCAUCGCCGUCGCAUCGGCGGCUUCAACUUCGACGACAUGAACACACUGUGGACCACUCCGCAAUCCAAUGCCAAGCAAAACAAGGUUCCAAUGAGCAACGGGAACAGCACUACCAAGGAAACAGCACCGAAACGCACGGCAACAUCGUCAUCAUCGCCGAUUGCAGGUCGUCGUGGCAACAAAUCAUCCAGUGCGGGCGCCAGGACACCGACCACGCCACCCAGCAGUACAACGACAGCGACCAGUCAGAGUGACUCGACACACCAGUACAGAUUCCCGUUCAACAAGCAAAACCCACCAGCAAGGGACUUUGAUAGCAGCAGCACCCCCAGUGGACAGUUGACAAUCACCGUCAAGGCCGGCGAAGAGGAGGAGGCACAGCUGUCGCGAAUGUGCACGGUUCAUCCACGCACUAGAGACAUACGAAUUCGGCGUCUUGAACGACUUCCGAGCCAUCGGCGACACUUCCGCUGUGAGACGUGCACCGAUAUCCUGAAUGACUUUGUCAGUGAACAUGGCUUCUAUCCCACCGACAAUCAGAAGAAGGACUUGUUGAGGAACGUUGGCAUGACGCCCACCAUGCUCAGCUACUGGUUCUCCAACCGUCGCCGCACCUCACCAGUUGGACUGACGUCAUUAACAAGGAAGACUAGAUAACGACUGUUAGGCAUCCGGUAGAUUCACUCCCCCAUCUCUCUCUCUCUCUCUUCUCUCUCUCUCUCUCUCUCUCUCUCUCUCUCUCUCUCUCUCUCUCGCUCUCUGUGUGUGUGUGUCUCUCUCUCUCUCUCUCUCUCUCUCUCUCUCUCUCUCUCUCUCUCUCUCUCUCUCUCUCUCUUUCUCUCUCUCUCUCUCUCUCUCUCUCUCUCUCUCUCUCUCUCUCUCCCUCUCUCUCUCUCUCUCUCUCUAUCUCUCUCUCUCUCUCUCUCUCUCUCUCUCUCUCUCUCUCUCUCCUUCUGCACGUUACUGGUAUGUUGGAAAAUUGCUUCGACUAGGGAUGAGCAGUUGGGCAGAGAAAGCAUCAGCAGCUGACGGAUCAUGGCCUCACUGCCCAUAAGCUGUUCUACCAGUGUUGAGCAUUCCUACUAUAGCACUGGUACCACUCUGUGGCUGUAGCACCUCGAUAUUACCAGCUCUAACUUUGCUAGCUUUGCCUUUAACUUCCACCUAGUUGAUAAAAUGGUUUGCUGUGCUACGUCUUUUGCGCUGAUAGUGUUAUAAGAAUUUUCUUUCAAGAGAAUGAAUUUGAAGACCCCACUGCAGCUGUAUUUUUUUGUAUUCACGUAUUUUCUCUCCAAAUACGAAACAUACCACGAUUGACCUAGGUCUGACACACUCAAUAUUGUAGACUUGCGUUGCCUUCAUCAAUAAUUUCUCCGCACAGCAGUCGUAUUUUGGGGCACUGAGUAACUAUGGCACCCCUGUAGGUAGCACUCAACGUAAUGUGUUCAAGAUAAGCUUCGUAUGCAGUGAGGUUCAAGGCGUAUAUGUACAAUAGCCUGAGCAGUAAUCAACUCAAUAAUUUCCUUCUACCUGUAAAUUCAAGGUUAGUUAAACUGAAAUCUCCUUUUUGCAUACCGGUACUACUAGUAGUAGUACUCUGCCAUGGUGCAUGUACGCUGCAUGACACUGUGUUCCAAAGACAAAGUACAUGUAUAUGCCUCAGCGAAUGGUACGUACGAAUCCCAAGCUAAGAUGUGUGUUGCUUUGUAGAAAUAAAACCAUGAAGCUGUUGCUCAACUACCAGUAAGUUACUUGUCCUCUUCCGUUCUACCUCUCUGAGCACUUAUACGUUACAUUGUUUCGUACAAUUCUGCAUGCUUUUCCCAGUCACAUAAAUACUUUUAAAUUAAACUGCAGGUAAUGUUAUCUCUCGCUCUCUGUUUUAUGCAGUCAAAGUGUAACGCUAUAUGUGUCUUCCAGGUUGCUAAUAGUUAUUAUACUGGUCGAAAAAUACAAUAAUUCAAACGGCG